UAUCGUGAAUUUUAUAAAUUGAAUGUUAUAUUUGUUCGUGUUAUUAUCGUUUUGCUAGCGAAGAUCACAUCAGAAUACUAUUCUUAGAAAUGUUUUAUUAUCGCACUUCAAUAUGACUAUAUAAUGACAAGAAUGUUCAAUUUUUAAUCAUAACAAGAAGUUGCGACUACGAAAUGGCCAAGUUGAUUUUGAUAUCGGCAUUUUGUUUGCUUGCAGUCGCCACGCAGGCUGCUACAUAUAGAGACGCACAAUUACCACAUAGAGUGGUGAGGUCGCCGCACUAUGGAGAACACUUCCACGAUAAUCAACCACUGUACCCACCACCACCUUUUCCUCCUCAACCACCACCACCACCUUUUAUUUACCGAACACACAAUUGGAGUGGUGUAGGUCGUAACAUUGGUGGUGCUGGUGGAGGUAUCUUUAGUGGCGCUGCUGCGUCUGCUCAAAGUGAAAUCCCAGCUGCAAACGCAGCAUUUUCGUUGGCUGAAGCUGGUGCGGUCCAAGGUCAAUUUGAAGCACAAUCAGCUGAAUCUGAUGACAAUUCCGGUUCAAAUGGCUUCAAAAACUCCGGUCACUAUAAUUCUAAUUCAGAAUCAAGUUCUCAUAAAUUUGGAAGUCAUUCAGAAGAUUAUUCAAAGAGCAAAUCAGGCCAUAGUGACAAUGGGGGGUACUCAGGACUGAAUAGUCAUAUAACACGAGAUGAAUCAUCAGGCUUUUUUGGUCAAUCAAAACAAAAUACUGCAUCAAACAGUCAAGAAUUGAACAGAGGCUAUGGCCAAUCGUCAAGUUUUAAUUCAGACAACACUGGAAGUUCUGGAGGUUACGGAGGUGGAUAUAAUAAAAACUUUAAAGAGUCUCUUACUCGAUCGGAGUACGUUCAAAAUGGCGAGGGAAAUCAAUAUGGAUCUCAACAAAGUGGUGUUAAUAGAAACCAAAGAAACUUUGACGAAGGAAGUCAAUCUCAUUCUGGUAGAUUAAGUGGCUCACAAGCUCAAUCUUCAUCUUCUGAUAAAAGUGGUCAAUAUGCUACUUCUCAAGGAUCAGCGCAAAGCGGUGCUAAAGGUUAUGGAUAUGGAAAUGACAAUAGGCGUUCAGAAGUUCGUGGUUAUGAAAAUCAGGCUUAUGGAAGUGGUUCCUUUAAGGCACAACAGUUAAAAUCCACAGAAGAAUCAGCUGGAUAUGGCGCUACUGUGGAUGGUCAAAUGGCUCUGUCUGGUAGUAAUAAUGGAGCAGGGUAUGGGCAACAUCAAACUGCUCUUCAUGGAGCUCUCGAGCUUGCAUCUCAAGGAUUACAAGCUGCUAAGAAUUCUGAAUGCAGUACGUGCCAGAAAAGUACUUACGCACUGAGUAAUGCCAAGAGUCACAGUGGUUCAGCAAUCGCGCUUUCUAUUGGAGGUUAAUUAAAUUAUUACAAAGAUGUAAACUUCAUUUUAUAAAUGUAAAGAAAUGUUACAAGUCUCUUAAUAUUCUACAUAUAGUCAAUUAAUGUAAGUGUGAAUAAAA